CUCUUUUCCACAACUAUAAACGUUAUUAUAUUUUAAGUAGAUAUACUAUAUUAGCCAUAACUAUUAAGCAACGGGAAAUUAUAGUCACAGUUAUUAAAAUACAAAUUAUUAGCCAUAACUAUUGUUGCGGGUCAAAAUUUGGCUAACAGCCCAUUAAUGUUUUCAAAUUUUUAACGGAGAAAACCAUAUAAUCAUCGCUAAAAAUAUGAUAUAAUGGUAUAGGGUGGGUUAUGGGCAAAAACAAGUUGAUGCAUAUGCCUGAUCUGUCUCCAGUUAUAAGGUUGUCAAACCGGUUUAUGCCAGUGUGUCGGUUUAGCAAGUGAAUGGUUCGACCGGUGACACAUACCGGUUUGUGCCGGUUCAUUGCCGGUCAAUAUAACGUCAAUAAAAUUAUAAAUACUCAUAUUUAAAGAUGACAUUUAACGUCAAUACCUAAAACAUUUGUACUUCCAUCCAACAAAUUUUUAGUGCACCAAUACUCAUCAGACUCUUCAUACUCUCCUUUUGGCCUUUAGUUGUCGUCUUUAACUCCAAAUACUAUCACUUCAUUUGUGUGCAGGAUUGAACAUGGUCUUCUGAGUUUCUCAUGUUACUUGUGGAUCUUUAGUAAAACAUAUUGUGUCUCGAUUCUCAUUCUUCGUUUGCCAUCCUCUGCCAAAAUGCUCACAGAACUCUGUUGGUGAGGAGUCGCAUCUUGCUAUCGAAAUCAGUGGACAUGGAGCUCUCAAGUCUCAAGCAAAACCACUGGCUUGAUGAUGGUGCAUAUCUCAUGGUCAAACUUCUAAACAAACUUGCCUCGGCCAGAGCAUCCGGAAAUGGGGGUGGCAGCAAAGUUUUGACUGACCUGGUUGAAAGCCUAGAGGAACCUGGAUUUGCAGUGGAACUAAGACUGAAAAUCAAUCAGAAUCAUCCAGAUCUUAAAGGAAGACCAUUCCGGGAGUAUGGGGAGGCAGUUCUGAAGCACUUGGAGGACUAUGUAGUUUCCGACUCUAAGCUUCAGAAAGCUCCAGUCAACUAUGAAGGGCUCCGAGUUUCUGGUUAUGGUGGAUGGUUCCUUCUCAGGCUCUCUCUUCAUGAUCCUGUCCUUCCUCUCAAUAUUGAGGGACCAACCGACGCUGAUGCUGUAAACCUGGGACUUGCUGUGGCUUCUGCCGUGAAGGAGUUCCCUGCUCUGGACACAUCUGUGCUCGACAAAUUCGUCCACGCUUCGUAAGUUGCAGGGCUGUUUUCGGUUUCUGGCGCUCGUGACCCACUUUUUUGCUUCUGAGAUGGCGGACGAGAAGUUCCGUUUCGCUUGUAUAUGAACUGCGAAAAUGGAAUAAAAACAAAGAUACCAACAUCAUCUUUUAGUGGUUUCACCAAUUUAUGUAAGAACGGACCUUAAUUUUUGUACCUAAACAUUUUGUACCUUAAACCAUACUACCUAGACUUUUACAUAUUUACGGAAAAAUUCACAUCUGAUGUACAAUUUAGUAUCUAAACUAUUGUGGUUCUUACAUUUUAGUAACAUACUUUCAGAAUCUUAUAAUCUGGUCCAGAAAUUAAUUCCAACUAUUAUUUUCCGAUCGUUUAGGCUUAGCUAUCUGAACCUUGCCCAAGGCUAGAUAAAUAAUCGAAAUACCCCUGU